AUGGCUGAAAAAGAAGGAGAAGAAGACUAUUGGAGCAAGCUUCCUUGGGAACUAAAAGAAGAGAUUGUUGGAUAUUUGCCUUUUUUCUACAAAGAUUAUGGUAGUUUUUUUUGCAUAAGAUUGACGUUUCUCAGAUUUACCAAACAAAAAUAG